UGGAGUCGUUCGUAGUUUAGUGUGCGUUUGACCCGCUGACUGGCCGCGCUUCUUUACUGUAUGAGACCGCACGGUAUGCGCGAACAUUACUUUAUUUAACGGAGUUACAUAUCAAAAAGUAUAAACUUUAUUAGGUAAAACUGGAUUCUCUUACACGUUGACCGCCAAAAAGUGUGCAGACAGUGGGAUUUGGAUGUUGCGAUUUAUAACAAAAGUGAAGUUCAGUGUGAAAACAUUUUAUUCGUUUUUCAGUGAGAUACCUAUACAAGAUGCUUGAAUAACUCCUCUGUCUCGAGUUACGACAAAAACAGCAACGAUGAAGCAACUCGUCAAUAAGAACCUUAUCACGCUAAAAUGCGUACUCUUCUGUUUUCUCUCGGGUAUUGGCUGCAUUUUCCCGUUUCUACCACUGCACAUUCUAGAAGUGGGUUUAGAUGAGGGAGAAGCUCGCCUUAUAUCAGCUGUCGCGCCAUGUAUUGCGUUGCUUGGCCCGGCCUUGUUGGGGCCUCUCAUUGAUAAGUUGUCAGUAGGGCGCGGGUCAACUGGCGGUGGGACUAACCCGAGCGGAUCUGGACGCCUGCUGCGAGUCAUCACAGCUGCCUGCCUUAUCCUCAGUGCAGUCUUCUAUACGCUUCUGCUGGCCGUGCCUUACACGCAGCGACAUGAGGCUCGAAGACCUCAAGUCCUGUUCAUGUGUGAUGAAGACAGCGCUUACGUUAUGCAAGAAGUCUGCAAAGAGGAUAUGCGCUGCAACCGAUGGUCUGGGGAAAAGACAGGAGUGUUGGCGGUGACUUCGUGUGAGUACGGAUGUGCGGACGAGAACAUGACAUGGGUGAAACAGCCCUUCACCACCACAUCCACUACGACUACUCUUAGCCCUAUGUACCUUAACGUCGCCAACGCCACGACUACGGAAGCACCAGUGACGGACAACGAGGAGCUGAUUCCGCAGGGACGGGCGAUGCCCUUCGAAGUGAAUCCCCCUCACUUCUGCUACAACGGUCAGUGCUUGGUGUACAUGAAGCACGAGGCCAGGCUUCGAGUGCCUCUGUCGUUGAUAGCGCCGGAGCUGCCCGAAGAUAAUAGCACUGCUGACUCCGAUUGGUGCACUUAUAGGACAGCUGGACCAUCCCAAUGCCUGGUGCCUCCAAACCGCCUGGCCGAAGUGACAGAAGACGAGGACUGUAGACCGGCCGUGCGGUGCCAAGUGCUCGACCCUUAUGACGAACCCGACGGUGUUCUAGCCGACGCCGAAUGUCGGCUGAUCAUCGGAGACCCGAGCUAUACCUUCUGGACUUAUCUAGUUGUACGAAUUCUAGCGGACAUCUGGCCUACUGCUGGAUUAGCUCUGCUCUGUGCCGCCUGCGUGAUUGCGACGAGAGAAACAUCCCUGGGCCGCGGUGAUGUCGGCAGGCAAUUGGCCUUCGGUACUCUCGGCCUGGCCAUCUUCCCACCCCUGGCUGGCUUGGCCGCAGAACAAAUGCCCGACACACCAUACGUCGUACCCUUCAUCAUGCACGCAGUCUUCAUGAUUAUUGGAGCGCUCAUUCUACUAUUCGAUAGCCACAUGCCCCUCUCAACCCCGGAGUGGUGGUGGCACACGGCGACGGGCGUGCUGACGAUGCCGAUGAACGUGGUGCGGCGCUACGGGGCCGAGACCGCCGCUGUGUUCGCUGUCGUCGUGCUGUUAGGCACGCUAUGGAGCGGCAUCGAUGCUUAUCUUCCGUGGACGGUACAAGAGCUGAACGGUACGGUGACAGAGAUGGGCCUGACGCUAACAGCAGGCGCCCUGCCGGCCGUGCCCGCGCUGUGGUGGGCUGAAGCACUCGUCGACUACAUCGGACAUUCCAACAUCUUCAUCAUGGCCUUCACGUUCUACGGAGUGCGAUAUACUGGUUUGGCAUACAGCACUGACUACACAUGGGUAGCAGUGUGCGAGAUAUUGGAAGUUUUCACGCUGAGCUUGGUGUGGGUGACAGCAGUCCUAUACUUCCGUCACUUGGUGCCGAGAAAGUAUACUGCCACAGGCCAAGCUCUGCCAGUCAUUGCGCACUUCUGUAUCGGUCGUUGCCUAGGCGCCAUAGUGGGCGGCAUGGUAUCGCUGCAGCAGCCGCUAGAAUCAGCGCGGACUGUGUACCGAGCUCUGGGCGUGGCAGCACUGCUGGUAGCCGCCGUGUACCUGGCGCUGUACCACCUGCUGCUGGCGCCGCGCUGCGGGGCCGCGCCCGUCGCGCCGCCGCACCACCUACUGCAAGGUCUAAAUGCAAAUGGAGCGUCGAACGGCACAUACUCACCGAUGCGAGUGUACCACGAGGAACGUUCCAGAAAAGGCCAUUUCCGUUACUGAAUAAAUGUAUUUACCUAAGUAGGUACCAUAUGUUGUACCUAGGCGGUACCUGUUUUCCAUGGAUGUAUUAUACACUUUAAAACUUCCAAGUCACAAGUUAAGCGAUGUGCCUUUAAUUGCAGAUAACACUUUCAAAGAAUUAAUGUAGGUACCAAUAUCUCUAUCAAUGCAAAUUGUUUUUGAAUAAGUGUUUUCUAAACAUUGUCUGUGUCUAGCAUAAUAUUUCAUAAAUAACGUAAAUGUGUCUUUCAUAAUAAUUAGCUAGGUGUUUAUAUGUGGUGUGUAUGGAUACUGUGAGUAAGCGAAAUUAACCGAGACGAAAGUUAAACUGAAACAAAACUUCAAAAAUUCUUAAACGCUUGUCAUAAUAAGCUUUGCUCCGACUUUGUCCCAUAGUGGAAUAGUCACUAGGUAUUCCAGGAUUAUACGAUAGCUGUUUCAUACGUGUUACUUAGUAACAUGAAUAAUAGUACCUAAACAGUGCCCUUUUUUCGAGAGAUCUACUUCCCAAGUGUAAUAUCCUAUAACCGUUUCCUGGAUACCUACCAUUUGUCAUCGUGCCAAAUUUCAUCAAAUAAGUUUCAGCAGUUUUAGAGUGAAAGCGUUUCAAAUUAACAACUGAUUUUUUGAAUCUCUUGCAACAAUGUCUCAAAUGCAAUUUUGUUUAUAUUUCAGUCUUUAUUCAUGUAACUUUAUUUAUGUUGUUACUAUUAUUAGCUCGAAUAGUUCCACAUGCUUUUAAAGCAUUUUUGGAAAGAAACAUUGUACGGUGCUUGACGAAUCGAAAGUUCCCAAUGCUCCAUGACAUGAAAAAGUUUUAUUGUAUGAAACCUACAUAUAAGUAUAAGAUAUAUGCUUAAAAAGCUGACGUGUAGAAUGAAUGGUAGUUUCGAAUAUUAGGAUUUUUUAUGUUAUUACUUAUAAUCUUACAAAUGCAUCAAAGAUUAUAUCUGACAUAAGCUUAUUUUACAAGUUUGCUUAUAUUGAAAGACUAUCGAAAUAGAGAGCGACACAUGGCUAGCUAUGCGUGUCUGUUAUAAAAGGGUUAAGCAGAAUUGAAGACCUUGCAACAAAAGAGAUGGAGAGCCAAGUUUCAAAACAUUAAUAGGUACUUAGCUGUUAAAAUUAUAUUUAAAAUCGGUCCAGUAGUUUAGGAAAAGUGAUAUUACAUUACAACAAAAAACAUUGUAUUUUCAAUGGGUUCCUGGAUGGUUUGAAAACACAAUUGGACCAGAUAGCAAUGUUGUCCAAGUUCUCCGGAAAUACUAGCGCUUUUGCUGCGAGGCCUUUAUAUACCAAUGCUUCCAUCGAAUUCCAUUUUUAAUAACCUAAUUUAUUUAUAUAAAAUUAUUACAACCAUUUGCAUUUGUAUUUUUGUGAAUAUGAAAAAUAAAUGUUUUUUUUAUUAAUAAAAUGAGUCACUGCCCAA